AGAGCUUCCAACCCCGGGGAAAGACUUUCACUCACUUACACAUUCAUUCUCCCCUCGACUUCCACCUUUUCAAACUGCAUACAACUCGAGAAGAUUUCUACGAUCCAUACUUCCCAAACCUAUCACGAGAAUCUUGAAAGUUUUUAUUUCAGAAAUUUACAUCUAAACAUCACAACCAAAACCAUGUCCCUCGAAGCCGAAGAAACCCUUGAAUCUGGCCUUCUAGGCAUCGGUCUAGGUUCCGACUCCGAAGACGAGUCAACCACCAACACCAACUCUAAUACCAAAACCGAAGUCGUACCCGAAUGCGCAGCACCAGCCACAAAAGCAGACAGGACAGCCCUUUCGGAGGAAGCCUUCCAAGAGCUCAAAAAGACUUAUCGCGUCAAGGUUGAGAACGGCGAGUUCCACCGUCAUCUCCGAUUCCCCCUCGGCUCCCCCGCCGCAGACGGAAGCAGAACCAUCAACAAGCCCGAAGCGCAAGAGAUUCUACACGCAGUGGAGGAGCUCUACUUCUUUCGGAGGUACGAGGAGGCAGUGGCGCUACUGAGAAAGGUAUGGGAGGAUGCGGGGGACAGUCUCUUUGAUCGGGAUACGACGGGGUUAUUGAGGCUGUAUGAGACGAGGUGUGGGGAGAGGUUGAGGGGGGUUAAUGUGGAUGGGCAGUGAGUUGUAGGGGAGAGAUAGGUUUGUGGAAUUAUUGAUACCCUUUUUAUGUG